UUAGUAAGCUCAACAGAACUUUUGUGAUCGUAAAAACUUUGUGUUUGUGUUAUUAUAACUUAAUCUGUACUUGGCUUUUUUUACUGAUUCAUGCCGCGCAUUCAACAACAUCCAGAUGGCACGUAAGAAAGCAGUGCAUAAUUUAUGGUUUUAAAAAAGAAACAUUCGAAAAAGGAAUGUUUUCAAAAAAGGAAUGUCAUUCAUAUUGUGAUGUGUGCUUGUGUGGGUUUUGAGUGAUGUGCCAGUGAUUUGUCGAUAAAAUGGAUGUGAAUACAACGCUUGCGACGAUAUACCCGCGCGAUGCGACGAUCAUGGCGGCGGUGUGUGCGUGCAUUUUUAGUGUGGUUGGAGUUAUCGGUAACCUGAUAACCACAGUAGCACUUCUAAUGCACCCGAAGCUACGCGGCCACGUGACUACGAUGUUCGUGCUUUCCUUGUGUGUGUCUGACUUACUGUUCUGCAGUAUCAAUCUUCCACUGACUGCUAGUCGGUACAUAAAACAGGAGUGGGUGUUGGGACCUCGACUCUGCCAAAUGUUCGCGUUCGUCUUCUAUGGGAAUGAAGCGGUAUCACUUCUAUCUAUGGUCGCUAUCACAAUCAACAGGUAUACGCUGAUAGCAUACUACGACAUGUACUCUCAAAUCUACACCACAACGAAGAUCUGGAUCCAGCUCAUCAUGAUAUGGCUGGUCUCCUUUGGUCUUAUGGUACCACCCCUCCUCGGCGUAUGGGGGCAACUAGGGCUAGACCAGAACACAUUCUCUUGCACGAUCCUCCCAAAAGACGGGCGGAGUCCAAAGAAAUAUCUCUUCGUGUUCGGAUUCGCGUUACCCUGCCUUGUGAUUAUUGUGUCCUAUUCGUGUAUAUACUGGCGAGUACGGGAAAGUAAACGAAAAUUGGAAGGAAGGAGGUGUGUAUGUGGCAAACUAAGCGGUCAAACAGCGAAAGAAAAAGAGGAAGACUCCCGCCUUACAACACUAAUGUUAACAAUAUUCUUGUGUUUUCUUGCUUGCUUCCUCCCCCUUAUGAUUAUGAACGUGGCCGAUGAUGGCAUUAGAUACCCUUGGCUUCACGUAAUAGCGUCCAUUUUAGCUUGGGCAUCUAGUGUCAUGAAUCCACUAAUAUAUGCCGCGACUAAUAGACAAUAUAGAGCAGCGUACGGCAAUCUAUUGAAAAUGUGUAAAAACAAUCCCGUAGCACGAAAAACUACUUGGGGAAGUCGGACUGUAGGUCACUCUUCAAAUUCGCCGCAUUAUGUCGAAAAACGAGCGGUAAAGGAGAAACCAACGAAAUUAUAGUUUUGAGGUUUUGUCCAGUGUGAAAAAAAGAGCAAACGAACUUUUAUAAAUGGCAACUUUGUGAAAUGUCACAGUGACAAUUAACGCA